UAAUCCCCUGUUCCCCUGAAUCCCCAGAUCCUGAAAUCCACGAAUCCUGAUCUUAUGCGAUAGAGCUGUUGGGUAUUUUAGAUGUUUAGAUAGGCACUUCAAAAUAGCUAUAUAAUUCAUUUUGACUCUGACCUCACUGUUGGCUCUCAUUUCCUAGCAUCGCGCUAGUUCUCAAUAUCCUCUUCGACCAUCAAGACCUCUUUCUCGCUCUAGACUUCUCGCUCAUAUUUAAAAUGGCUGCUGCUGCUGUUGCUUCUACCACUGGCUCUAUGGGCAUGUGGAAUGGUACUAAAGAUGGCAGGCAAGAAGGAUACAUUGACUGGGCUACCGGCUCAACCAACGUGCAAGACCCUCUACAGGUCAAGAUCGAGGUCGAGGACAUCCGAACACUGAACCCCCAGCCAAACUACGAGAAUAACGGAUACGGGAUUGUGAAGCACAAGUCUUCCUUGACUCCCGAACAGUUCUUAGCUGGUAACGACCCUGAAGGCAAGAAAUACAUCGAGGAUGUCUACUACAAGGAGGUCACGGAGCUGGUCAAGCAGAUCACCGGCUCUGACAUUGUAGUCCCCUACAUAUUCCGCAUCCGCCAGAACAGCCACAAGGCCGGCGAGUUUUCUCCCACCCAGCUUUCGCACGCCGCUCUUCCCGUCGCUCACGUCGACCGAGACCCGGUGACAGGAGAAGAUGGCGCACGAGAGGUCCUUGGCGAGCAGGCGGACGAGCUGAUCAAGCAGGGCAAGCGAUUCGCCCAAGUCAACGUCUGGCGCACAAUCGACUACCCCAUCCAGAAGUGGCCUCUCUGCUUCAUCAACCACAGCGGCGUCGACGGCUGGAGUUACGACACGCACCUGGCGCGCGUGUACCCCACCAACGACCCCAGGAUAGUCAUCCGCGGCAACAAGAAGCACGACAGCGUCGUGAAAUACGACCCAGGUUACAAGUACCACUACGUAAGUAGGCUCGACCUAGACGAGGCUCUUGUCUUCUCUUCGUUCGACUCGGACGUGAACAAGGUCUGCCCGCACGGCGCCUUCUGGGACGAUGCUAGCCCGGAGGAUGCGCCGACGCGCCGAUCCAUGGAGGUUCGCUGCUGGGUCUUCUUCGACUAAGCUUGACCAAGUUAAUUGUCGCUCGAUCGACAAAAGGGGAGUUACUCGGGGUGAUCGAAGACACGGGAUGGCUAUUGAUUCUUGCAGGAGAGGGCCGUCCAUCAUUUCUACAUCAGGCGUGUCUAUGUCUCUCGGCCAUUUCAAAAAAUAAAAAAAACAAUUAGUAGUAAAAUAGUUAAUACAAAUUUCAA